UCUUCUACUGUCUUCCACUUGCCUUUGCCAAUUCAGUCCUCUGAUUAUUAACCUAAUGGCAAAAGCAUGAGAUGUUACUUUGCACGCGUUCAUGUACAGUUUAAAUGUUUUUCAGCAGUAGCUGUGUGUAAUAGUGUAUGAGUUGUAAAUAGAUUUAUUCGGUAGCCAUUGUGUUAUGCCGAUGCUGUGUUACUAUGGUUAGUGAAUGGAUCACGGAAAUCUGUAAAUGGCCUUAACACAAUGCACUAGAAAAGAAUGAAAUUUAUUCCCAUAACAAUUGAAUAAGAAAAGGUUCCACUUAUAACAAUCAAUUAGCUUAGUGCUAAAUGACAUACACUUCACAAAAUAAUGAAGUAUGCUUAAACAUGGAAAGGUUUUACCUAGGCCUUAUCAAGGUGAAAGGUAUAAGAUUAACACGUUUGUUGUUCAAGUCCAAAUAUGAGUUCAGUUAUGCUUUAAGCAACAUAAGGUAAAACAUCUUCAUAAAGCAUUAUGAUUUAACGGCUGCUUGUCAGUGAAUGCUGAGUGCAGAAAUUCAGACCAGUAGCAUUGUCCUCUUAUCCUUAAGCGAGUGUCAACUUCCACAUACACUUUCUAUUCACCUGCCAAUUGUACUCCAGCAGCUUACCUAUACUCCUUUCCUGUCCUCCAGCAGCAUGAUGGAUGAGCUGGUGCAUGAUCUGGUAUCGGCCCUGGAGCAGACCUCAGAGCAGACCAAGCUGGAGGAACUCUGGGAGGAGAUGGUUCUGAGCCCUCUGCAACAGCGAAGGCAGAUUCGCCGGCGCCGGGGCCGUAAACGCCGCUGUGACUCCUCCCUCCACCCAUUUGAGCAUAGCCGCUGCCUCAGCGAGGCCUCCGAGUCGAGCCUGGAUGAGGCGGCUAAGGACUGUCGGGAGAACGCUGCCCCAGCCCACUCUGCCGGCGCCGCCAACUACAGUGACUCGGACGACAUGGUGGUGGCCAGACGCUGGCCUGCCUGCUCCGGCAACGGCAGCGCCGUCAAAACCAAGCAGCCCUCCUGGCCUGAGUCGGACUCCUUCACUGAGAACACCCCUGGACGGCCGCUCAGGAGGAGGAGGAAGGUCAAACGCAUGACCUCCGAGGUGACAGUCAGCCUGCAGCAGAAGUUGACGGUGUCAGGGGUAGAUGGCGAGCGGGGUGGGAACCACAGGUCGUCUAAGAAGCAGCGCCUUUCCAGGCUGAAGAAAGGGGCCGGAGGCUGGGUGGGAAUGGACAGGAAGGCUGAUGGAUUGGGCAUUAGGGCAGAGGAGUGCUGGAAGGAUACGAUUCCUCUGGUCCUGGAGGCCAAAGAGCAACGAGAGGCAUCUGAUGAGAACAUGUCUGAAGGUGAGACUAGCAGUGUAUGCAGCAGUGACCCAGGCCUAUUCACCAACGACGAGGGAAGACAAGGUGACGAUGAACAGAGUGACUGGUUCUUUGAGGGGGAGUGUGGAGUGGGGGGGGUGGGCUGUCCCAGUCUGCUGCCCGGCUGGGACUCGGACAUUCCCCGUGUGCUGGAGGUACCAGACUCCGCUCCUCCGACCUUCCUCCAGCCUGCCCGGCCCAGUCAGAGAGGGUACCAUGCCCGUCUGAACCGGUUGCCUAGUGUGGCGGCCCGCUGUAUCAGGAAAGGCCGGAGGAGGCUGCCUAGCAAGGACAACAGUUUGUCAGUGUCUGUGGAGAGGAUGAAGCAUUUCUCCCAGGACCCCUACCAAUGGCUGCCGUCCAUUGGAAAGCGAGACCGGAGCCAGUUCAACCCUCUGUGUCCGUUAGCGGUUUAUCCCAUUGACAUGGUGCAAGAAAGCUCCCAUCGGAGAUGCUCCUCUUCCAUCUGCAAACCCAGGCAGACCAACAUCCAUCUGGGACUGCUGUGCACAGGGGACAUCAAGAGGCGGAGGAAGACCACGGCUGUCUCCGUAGCAACGUCAGUGUGCGUCCCCUUCCAUAAGGACGGCCUGGGAGAGGCAGAGGGAUGCAGCAGGGACACCGUCUCUUCCUCCACAUCACUGAGCAUGGAGUCUGAAGGCCCCGCACCCCCCACAUCUGACAAGCAGUACUUCAUAAAGCCUGGGACUUUAUUUAGAUCCAGCCCCCAGAGGGAACAGGAGGAGGACUGAGGGGCCGCAUCACAUUCCCACCCCACCCCAGCUGGAGGGAGUAUCGGAGAGGGAGUGUCGGAAACGCCUGCGGUGGUUGUACAGAGUGGGGUGUGUCAGGAGCAAAAAUGCACAACGUGUCGCUGCUCUCCGAAUAAACAGUGUGCUGCUGGAUCUGGUCUCUCCAACCAGCAUUUAAAGAUGAAAAAAGGUUAAUGCAAUCAAGCCCUGUUAAUCACUCCAUAACCAGCCAUUUUCUGGAAGAUGAAGGCAGUUUGAAGAGCCUCCUUGUCUUGCCACUCCUGACUGCAUGACCUGCCAAGCGGGUCUUCCUGUUUCUUCAAUACACAGUAUCCAGGUCACCUGCCCUUUACUCAGACCCGACAAUUAUGUCUUCUUUGAGCUGCCCUGCAUUUCUCAGCAGGGAAUUAUGGUCAGGGAGGUUUGCUAGUGGUUUGGAGAAGUAGGAGCAACAGGUCUGUUCUGCAGCAUAUAUAUAAACUGACAGAAGAGGAUCAGAAAGUUCCGCUACCCCAUGCUGGUGCAAGGUUCAGAGAGGUGACCACCAAGAAAGAGCAGUUCUCCUAUUAGCAUGGAUUUGAAAAGCUACACUGACUACAAAACCACUCAUUAGCACAACAGAGAGGGUCUGUGGUUGGUUCCUUGGAGGGGCCUCUUUUAUCCCUUCAGCUUACCUUCCAUAUUCAAAUUUCACAACGCAUUCAAGUUCAAUGCACAAUCCAUUUUAAAAACCCGGGUUUUUAGGAGGGAGAGCGCUUGUUUUGUGACUGCUCGGGCUGCUGGAAGGGCGUGCGGGUGGAGGAAGUGGAGAGGAGGGAGGUAAUCAACGCUAAUCUCCACUGCGUUUCAAGUGGCACGUGGAGAGGAGCCCUGGUGACUGUAGCUGGGAUGCUGGGGUUUGACGGGCAGCCCUGGCCUUACCUAGCCAUUCGCUCCAGAUCAAAAGGCUGUGCCGGGGGCACAGGAACAUCAGUGGUUAUAGCGUUCACUAACCACAUGGUACACGGCUCCACAAGCCCUGCAUUAGCGAGCACAGGGUUCUCUGCCAUGCCAGUGUUCCACCCGAUGACACAUCCCAGUCACCCGAUGACACACCCCAGUCACCCGAUGACACACCCCAGUCACCCGAUGACACAACCCAGUUACCCGAUGACACACCCCAGUCACCCGAUGACACACCCCAGUCACCCGAUGACACACCCCAGUUACCCGAUGACACACCCCAGUCACCCGAUGACACACCCCAGUCACCCAAUGACACAUCCCAGUCACCCGAUGACACAUCCCAGUCACACGAUGACACAUCCCAGUCACGUGAGACUCACAAUCACUUUAACCAAUGUCUGAGUGCUCUUUUUAGAUCUGAUAACUUAGUUAUGACGACCAAUGUGGAUAUGGAGGAAGGUAUUGAUUUAUUGGUUUAUCAGUAAUACGAUACAGGAAAUUAAGAGGUGUUUGCUCACAGAGGACCCAAAGUGCAUUUGGCUAGAUAACAAUGUCUCUAAUGCAGUAUAACAAAAACUGGGAUAAUUUUUGACUGGCCACGGUGCCCGGUAAAAACAUGUAUUUUUUUAAUACUUCAGCCAAAAUAUUUGAAAAUUAUUAGAUGCAGGUCAUGUGGACUUGUCCCAGUGUUUGUACGUUUGUGUGUGCAGACAUUAAGACCAACCCAGCCCUGGAGUACCCAUCCAUGGGUAACUGAACACAGAGGUACUCCCAGGGAAUCCCAGCGCUGAUGGAUCACAAUUUAACAUGUCAUAUCAGAAUAUGCUAAUGCCCGCCCUGGAGAGGUCCCUGUCGCUGAUUCUUUUUCCUUCACUCUGUGUUUUUGUGCCUAAGGAACUGACACAUGGGGAAACAAAGUUCAGAUCAAGUUUUGUCAGGGGAAAGGCCUUACCUCCCUCCCUCCAUAGUAAUUAGUGUUCACCGUGGUGAUGUCUUAGCCAGCCAACCUCCAAAAUAAAUUUCCGAUGGCCAGGCAGGCAGGAAGUGGAGAGAGAGAGCGGGUACGUGCAUCCAGUCAAUUGCCCUGUUACAGUUAAGGAAUCCAGCGGGCUGGUACCACUCAUAUUUCAUCCUGGGUAAAGAUUACCUGUCAGGCCCACGGGAGAUGUAUUGAUCUGUUUUGCUUUUUCCGGCAGCAAUCACCUGACAAAGGCACCUAGGAGGCGAGUGAAUGAGUGAUGCCCAGCCCAUGUCCUCCAGUGAGGGGCUUCCAUGAGUUGGUCACCAAACAGGGGAUGGGACUGGGGGGUGGAGAGGAGAGAUAAUGUAGUCAUAAACUCUUCAUGAACCUGCUCCCUGAGCGAGCAGGACAGGUCCACAUCUCCAUAGGUCAUCAGUGAACACAUUGUCUGGGACGCUUUUUUUGAUCAGUUAUAUUUUCCUCCCCCCAUAAAGUAUUAAUUGAUGUCGGAAACACAGACAUUACAUAUGCUGAUUGCUGGCGUAGCUCUGGUGUUGGGUUGCCUCUGUCAGUCCCUGCUGACAAAUAGAUUUUGUGGGUCACCGAGGUUGGCUGUUGUGGAAUUGCCUCUUGAGAAUGGCAUUAGUGAUCCCAUCAACAGGAACUGGAAUGUUUAGAAGUGAUCUGUAUUGUUUGUUUCUUGGUGUUCAGGCACUAAUUUAUCCACAGGAUCCCAGUACUUCUGGUUGGUCACAGGUUCUGUCCUGAGUCAGUGGGUUCGGUACUGCACUAUCAACAGUCAACAUUAUUGUACAUUAUCCAUCCUGUAUUCUUGGCAGCUUGAAGAGACUGCUAUUUUUGCCUUCUUCCAUGGAUUUCCAGAAUGUUGAUACCCUCCAUGAAACCUUAAAUGUAAACAUAGUGUUGAUUACAUUGCACUCAUAUUGUAUGCUAUAAAAUACAAAGGUCCAUGGAUAAUGGUAUAUAGAUGUGUACAGUAUUAAGUAUGUAAUCCCAAUUACUUCGAUGCUAAGUGCUAAAUGAAUAUACUGUCUUCAUUAAAUCUGCAGUUUUUGUUACAAGGAUUUGCAACUAUAUCACUUUGACAUCGUUGUAGGCAGCUAUCCCAUAUGACAAAUAGCAUCUUAUCUUGUAAGCUGUUAUCUUUAUAUUUCCAAGCAUGCCUUUCCUAAUUGCUAUGAAAUGUAUCUAUGGAGAAUUGUUAUUAUUAUCCUUAGAAAGCCUGUGCUGAGUGUUUUUUCAUGUUAGAUUGCAGUAUUUAUGUAGUUGUUAGAUAAACCUAUGUUAUUCUGUAUUUAUGCCAGUUUUUUCAUCCCAUAGUGAAAUGUUCAAUUUAGAUGAGAAAAGUUCUAGUAAAAUGUAAUAACAGUAAGAAAUUAUGUACUGUGUAAUCAUAAGGUAAUCAUAGUGUAUAUUAAUGGGCAUUGUCUAUCACUGUCUGUCCUCAGCACUCAAUGUUCAUGCCUUUCAAAUGUAUUCAUCCCAAAGCCUAGAACUGACUUUGUGUUCAUUAAAUGCAUUCUUAAUCAAA